UUCUCUAGACAUAGCCCAGAGCUAUCACACACAACAUAUUUUAAACCUAAAAAAAAUUCCACCUAAAUUCCAAAUUUCAAAAAUUUUGUUUCGGACCUUUUAACAUAAGUGUAAAGUUUAGUAUUAUGCGCAUAUUCGGUAGAGUAACAAACUAUUUAAAGUGAAAAAUCUCUAAACUUAAAAUCCAAAAAUGCCGGGGAUAUUCGGGACGUUCCCGACUUAUCGCUUUGGACCGCAUCUCUCGCAGAUAUCCCGAUGCCUUAGCUACCACGCCCCGCUCUUCCGGCCGCGCAGUCUGACCUACACCGAGAGGUUCAGGCACUUGUGCAUCAGUGCCUCCUCCGUAUCCAAGACGACUCCUCAGGCUGACAGGACCUCUCAUGCAGGUCGCCUCCGGGUGCAGAAGUACUCGCAGAAGGGCAACAGUGUCUUCUCGAUCAGCGACAAUGUGGAUAUGUUGCGGAAACGGAUCAGCUUCUCUGGGUCAUCGGGCAACGCACCCAAGAUCCUGCCCAUCGGCCUGAUCACACCGGAGACUGGCGAUGGCAAGGAACUCAAGAUCGUCAUUGUGCCUUUGGAUUUGUCUGGCAUGGAUGCCAAUGCCCUGAAGGACACGCUGGAGACCAUCAACCAGUUGAGGUUGUACGCCAAUCAUAUAGAGACCUUCUCCAGCAGCAUGGUCGAGGAAUACGGCGCCCUCAACGAAGCUAUACAGGAGAUAGAAUCGCAGGCGCAGUCGGAAGAACUCAAGGCGGAAUCUAACACCGAUGAUCGAAACUUCUGGGAAAGCCUUCCAUCCUCGCCAGCGGCCGACGUGAAUGCCGUGGGAACCGCAAUGGAUGCAGGCAUGGGUGCCGGUACCAACAUGCCCCUGCAGCGCCAGGCGGCGGUCAGUAGUUGCCUUCAGAGCUCUCUGGGCAACCCAGUUCGACCAGCAGCUACCAAUGCUUCACUGAAAACCACCAAGUCCAUGUCGGCGCUGGCCCAACCCGAACCCAUCCAGGAAAAUAGCCAGGAAGCCAGUCUCAAGGAGCUCUCCACCCAAGAGGGCGACUUUGUGGAGGAAGUGCGCGUGGAUGUGCCGCAGGAUCUGAGCAAUCGGCUUAACGAGAUGGCAGUCUCUUCCAUGGAGCUGUCCUUUGAAAUGGACAUGACCAACCUACGAGAUGCCCUGAAUAGUAAGGAUUCGAAUACAGUGGCUUCGCAGGAUCCCAUGAUCUGCAUGCACACCAAGGUGGAAUUGGACGCAACCGGUGGAGCGGUGGAAACCCUGCCGCUCAGAUUCAAUGCCCUGAUCUCAGGGGUGGUGGAGAUCGAUGCCAUGAAGCUUAAGGAUGCCCAGUUGACCGAGGAUAAGAUGCCGGGCUUCAACGAUGACCUCACUUCGCUGGCUGCCAACCUUUGCAGCACUGCGCUGGAAAAGGGUUUCGCCAGCAACUCCAAAUCAUCGGACGAAACCUAUAUCGCCGAUCUGGAACUUACCAAGGAUGAGGAGGCCUUUCCGACCAGGAUCAUUGAUACUUCCUUUAUGUCGUCGGCCGCUCAAAUCGGACAUCAGCGGGAAGCCCUGCAGAAGAUCGCCGAAAAAGCAUCUACUGUGCCGGGCACCCAGGAGGUGGAGAUUCCAGUUCCGGUGGACAAGGAUGGCUGCAAGCAUCCGCCCGUGAAGCCCAAGCGAAAAUGUCCUGGCAAGUGUCCUCUAAUCACAGAUCCCUGCAAAGAUGAUCCCUGCGAGCGCCCAGAGAAGAAAAAGGCCCCAAAGAAAAAGGCGGAACAAACCACAGAGAUAACAUCCAAGGCCAAGGGUGGCGACAAGAAGGAUUCCUGUGCAAAGGGCGGAAAAGGCAAGGAUAAGAAGGACCCAUGUGCACAGUUCAAGAAGGGUGGCAAAGAUGGCAAGAAGGAUGGCUGUGACAAGGACAAGAAAAAAAAGGACCCUUGUGCCAAGUUCAAAUCUGGCGAGAAGAAAGAUCCUUGUGCCAAGAAGGACGAUAAGAAAAAGGAUCCCUGCGCCAAGAAGAAAGACCCUUGUGCCAAGAAAGACGAUAAGAAAAAGGAUCCCUGUGCCAAAAAGAAGGAUCCUUGCGCCAAGAAAGAUGAUAAAAAGAAAGAUCCCUGUGGCAAGAAGGAUCCUUGCGCAAAGAAAGAUGAUAAGAAGAAAGAUCCUUGUGCCAAGAAAGACGAUAAGAAGAAAGAUCCUUGUGCCAAGAAGAAGGAUCCUUGUGCCAAGAAAAAGGAUCCUUGUGCCAAAAAGAAGGAUCCUUGUGCCAAGAAAGACGAUAAAAAGAAAGAUCCCUGUGCCAAGAAGAAAGAUCCCUGUGCCAAGAAAGACGAAAAGAAAGAUCCCUGUGCCAAGAAGAAGGAUCCCUGUGCCAAGUUCAAGAAGGGCGGCAAGGAUGGCAAGGAUAAGUGCAAGUUCUCCACCUUUUCUAGGCGCCCGGAUCCAAGCAAACGCUACCUGUCCACUGGCUUGAGCCACGUCUUCCAAGAAUCGGCCCCUGUGCCGAAGGCUCCACGGUUCCAAGUCUACUCCACUCUUGUGCGCCGUCACUAUCGUGUCCCUGUUCCCAAGACCACCAGCUGCUGCCAGUGCUCCCUGUGCAAGGGUCACCUGCUGGACAGGGCAACUCCUCCUGCCCGGUUCACGAUCAACACGACCCUCUUGCGACGACGCUUUGGUGGUCUUGUUGGAAAGAUCACACCUGGUUGCCUGAGUCAAUUCGGCCACCGGGGAUACGCCAAGAAGAGCAAGAAGGGCGGCAAGUGUGGUCAAAUGGCGACCAAGUACCCCAAGAGCCGGGGCAAGGACAUCAAGGAGCGGACGGGUCUGCGAGAGGAUUGCUUCAGCGAUGAUGACGGCGGUUGCGGGGUCAAGAGCUGCACCGGCAAGUGCGCCAAGGUGAAGUUCCCCAAGAAGAAGUGCGAGCGCAAGGAGAAAAAGGACGAUGGUAGAAUAGACAAUCUCUUAGCCCGGAAUAGCUUUGUCCAGCUGCAGACGCAACGAAGAUCACUCAGCACUCGGGUCUGUUGCCACCCAUCUCCGAAGCCCAAAUCUGGCGAAAGACGCAGCGUAGAUGAUCAGGCUUAUGCGCUGCGCAUCUCAAAUUCCUACGAGGUCAAGGUGGUUCCCGCUUCCAAACCUCGUCCCAAGGAUUUCGACGUCCUUAUUCGAACGGGUUCAGUGGCCGUCUCGAACUCGGAUAUCCAUGUGUACGAGAACGGCAGUCGCGACAUCGAAGCCAUGUCUCUGGGCCACGACGCCACGGGAAUCGUGGAGGAAGUCGGUCGCUGUGUCCAUCAUCUGCACGCGGGUGACCGUGUGGUCAUGGAGUCUGCCUUGUCCUGCGGCAUCUGCGACUUGUGCAAGCAAGGGCAGUACAACAUGUGCUCUGGACUGGUGUACAAUGGCUUUCUGAGCACCUACCAAACGCACCCGGCCGACCUCUGUCACCGACUUCCGCCGUCCAUCAGCAUGGAGGAGGGCGCCUUAACACAAACACUAGCCCUGGGAUGUCAGGCGUGCUUCAAGGGCAACAUCACGCCCACCAGCAAUGUCCUCAUCCUGGGAUCCUGUCCGACGGCAGUGGCGGCAGGCAUAUGCGCCAAUGCCAUCGGCGCCAAGCGUGUGGCCAUUGCAGGAUGCAUGGCACCCGCCCUGGAUGUGGUGGCAAAGGACUUCGGCUUUCAAGCCGUCGAGUUCGACAGCAACGCCCUGUUCGGCGAGGUCCUGGAGGCCAUCUACAGCAAGUUCAAGGACUGGCCUGACUGCGUGAUCAACUGCUCCAUCUCGGCCAUGACGAUGAAUCUGGCGGUCAUGGCCCUGCAGCCUUGUGGCGUCUGCGUGCUGGCGGAGUGCGAUUCGGAGUGUGCCAGCUUCAAUGCCCUGGACGUCCUCAUGAAAAACAUUCGCCUGGUGCCCAGCUUUCGGUCCGCCAAUAUGUACCCCACUGCCAUCCAACUCAUGCGAUCUGGUCGAGCACCAAUGCACAAGUUCAUCGCGGCCACAUAUCCUUUGAGCAAGGCAGAAGAGGCCUUUCGAGCUGCCCAGCAUGAGUCAAACAUUGGGUUAGGCAAGAUCAUUGUCAACUGUGCGGACGAAGUGGACAUCGAGGAGAAUUUGGGGAGGAGACCCAAAUCGGCAUCGUAGAAAAUUAUGGUAGUAAGGCUGUGUAGAACACGAUCAAUUAAUUAUACUUGAAGUUGCCUCUCGUG